AUGGCCGAUCAGUUCUUAGUCGAGCGGCACUCCUGGACCCUGGCCCAGAAUGCCCUGGCUAAUGAGGAGGACAGCUGGGUCAUGCUGACAAGGGAUGGCGAGAUCGUACCCAUCCCUGGCGAAAAGAUCCUGCACACUUCGAGAACCCGCGUCGGCCUUGAGAUCUCAACCCCGCGUGAGCUCCAGGUCACCGAGCCCUUUGGAGUCAAGAGCGACAGCGGGAUUGUCUACAUAACCAACGAGAGGGUCAUAUACCUUCCGGCGAGACCCACGGAUGAUUUCAAGUCCUUCUUCGCCCCUGUUUUGAACUUCAGCGACACCCAUGUUCAAUCAUCAUGGAUUGGGCCUUGGAGCUGGGGUGGCGUUGUCAGACCUGUCCCUGGUGGAGGAAUCCCCAUGAAUAUUCCCCGGAUAGAGGUUCGAUUCAUAUUCAGGGACGGCGGCCACAGCGACUUCCAGGGAAAGUUUGAGUGGCUAAAGGAGCGUUUGCACCACGCACAGGAACUAGGGAUUAUUCCGGGCCAGAACGUUGAGCCACCGCCUCCUUACGAUUCUGUUAGUCCGUCCGGGCCGGGACCAUCGUCCGGCGGCUCCGCCCCCUCUCCCGGCCCCACCCCGGCCUCGGCCCCGGCGGCGAACGCGGGCUCGGCAGGCCAGCAUCAACCGCCGCAGCCAACACCCAAUGAACCUCCUCCAGACUACGUUGAAGCGCAAACUCAGGCUAUCGCAAUGCAGUACGAACAGCGCAUGCGGGAUGAGGCCGAGAGGGAUUGA